CCACUCUCUCGUGUGUGUCACUGCAACAGCAAUGGGUUGUGGGUUCUGAAAAUUUCAAGAAUGGAAAAGGGUUCAUCGUCCUCGUCCUCGUCUUCUUCUGCAUCUGCUAAUAAUGGUGGGCCCGACUCUCUCAACGGCUUGAAAUUCGGCAAGAAAAUCUAUUUCGAGGGCCGCGUGACAUCGGGCUGAAGCCCAGAAGCGGCAGCGGGCCUGCGGCGGCGCUGCCGCCGUCUCCGGCGAAGAGGUCGAGGGUUGGGUACGUGCAGCCGCCGAGGUGCCAGGUGGAGGGCUGUAAGGUAGAUCUGAGUGAUGCUAAGGCUUACUAUUCCAGGCACAAAGUGUGUGGUAUGCAUUCCAAGUCUGCAAAGGUAAUUGUUGCUGGGCUUGAGAAGAGGUUUUGCCAGCAGUGCAGCAGAUUCCAUCUAUUGCCUGAAUUUGAUGAAGGAAAACGGAGCUGUAGAAUGCGCCUUGCGGACCAUAACGAGCGUAGGCGAAAGCCCCAGCAAGGAUCUCUGCUUUCUCCUCGUUGUGGAACUCUUUUACCUUCAGUAUUUGAUAACCACCACUUUAGCAAAACAGGAGGCUUCGUGAUGGACUUCAGCAACUACAAGCCGCCAUCCCUCACGGGAAGACUAACAACGAACCAAACCGCCAUGUCAGCAAAAUCCCAUCUCCCAAUGCCAAGCAAUCCGCAAAACCUUCCGCCCGACCUUCUUACGAGCAGGCAGAGUUACUCUUCUUCGGUGGUGUCCGAAUGUUUUGUUGGAGUCCAAGACACCAACAGUGCUCUCUCUCUUCUGUCAAAUCAGGCCUGGACCGUGGGCCCAAAAGCCCGUCUUGGGCCGAACAGCAAUUUUCUGGGUCAGCCGUCAGAAAAUCCCAGCCCGGCCGCUGGCAACUUCAUUUGUCCUUCGUGGGGUUUUAAGGGCAACGAACAUGGGAUGGCCCCAGAUUUGGGCUUGGGCCAGGUUCUGAAUGGUGGGUACAAUGGAGGGCUUGAGUUGGGCCAGCCGAACGAUGGGGGAUUUCAUGAGCUGGAUGUCCAUCAUGUGAAUUGGUCCCUUUGAGUUGUAAUGUGUGUAAGUGUUGUUUUUCAGUGACUGGAAUAUGAAGUCUUGUGGGCUUUUUUCUUUUAUGUUCUAUUCUCAUU